GUGAGUGUGAGUAAGGUCUCUCUUCCUGUAAAUCGCGGCACCAAAACAUCAGCAAUUAACUUCAGAGCGGAACUAGGCGGUUAGAAAACAACCACAUUCCCUUCCUCUCAUUGAUCAAUCUGCAAUAGAUCCGUACAACCUACAGAGCAUAUAACGAAUUAACGCAAUUAACUCCAUGGUUAAGUAAUCCGGAUUCACCUUAGAGCGUCAUGGUACCCCAGAUGGGCAACCCAUCAGCCAUAUGACACAAUCCGUCACCACUAGAACGCAGUCCCAUAAUGCAUACCAAUUUCUUUUGCCCUCUGAAAGAUGUCCAGAACAUCAUCAGGUCUUUGUGACGUCAGCAACCAAGGCAAAUUGACCUGUGCCACCGUUCAACCAGAAGGAAACACCGAGGCGAUGGGGAUGGCAAAAAGGCAGCCAUGAAGAAGGAGAAACCUGUUGUUUUGCUCCAUUGACAAGUUAUUUCUCAAUCUCACUGGUGGUUUCCUAUGACUUUUGUGGUUAAUCCUCUAAUCCAAAAAGCAUCCGUCGCCUCAAUUGCGUUUCGUCUCCAGUACAAUCGAUACAACAUCAACAGAGGAGAAAAGGGCAGAUCUGGGGCGAAGAACACCAAAUACGUUACUCCCACCUCGCUCAUACCCGGUAUUCGAUACAAUUGAAGACACAAGCCUGCCUAUAAUAAAGUAAUAUAUCUUAAUUGAAAUGUACCGCUCACGCUCCAUUCGCAGCAGAGGCAGUCAAGUCAUGGAUCGCCCUGUCAAGCACCGCUUCAGCAUGGCCACCUUGCGUGGCACGCAGCAACCCGAGCUAUGUCGCAGGCUCUACAAGCUCAUCAAGGCCGAAAACCAUGCCAUCGGCUCGUACGAGAAUGCAGGACGGGACCGUGUCUCCAUUGCGUCGCAGCUAUCAGACUGGGGUGAAUCCACAGGCGAUAAUGCUGUUUCCGACAUUGCCGAUAAGCUGGGCGUACUACUCGCGGAAAUGGGCGAGCAGGAAGACCUGUAUGCGCAGUACCUGGAGGAUUACCGUAACGUGCUGAAGCAGAUUCGCAAUACGGAGGCUUCCGUGCACCCCGCCAGGGAAUAUAAGGCGCGUGUUGUCGAUGAUAUCCAGAAGCAGAAGUUGAAGGAUCCGAAUAGCCCCAAGUUGGUGAACUUGGAACAGGAGCUGGUCAGGGCGGAGGCACAGACUCUGGUAGCUGAGGCACAGUUGACGAAUAUUACCCGCCAAAAGCUCAAGGAAGCAUUCGACAUUCACCUGGCCGCCACCAUCGAAAGGGCAGAGAAGCAAAUCAUCCUCGCCCGCCAUGGUCGUCGACUUCUCAAUCUUCUGGACGACACCCCGCUCGUUCCCGGAGAUACCCGGGGUGCUUAUGAGCAAAUGGAUCAAGCUCGCCAGGUCCUCAAUGAUGCCGAACAGGACCUACGAGGUUGGGAGCCCAGCCUGGAGCCAAUCCAAUCCGCCGCAGCACGCAUGGGAACGAAUUUGAUGCCUGUUAGCCAUGUCAAUGGUGAAGAGGAAGAGUCUUAUCAGAAGGAGUCGGCUCCUGCGUCUUCGAUGCCGCAGCCUGUCGCUGCUUAAUGGAAGAUGUUGGGAAAGGAAUGGGCGCUUAAUGGCUCUUGGAUUUAUUGUUUCUUUUGUUUAAUCUGCAUUAUGCAUUCUUAUGUGUAGGUAAGUAUAUCCGUGUGUAUGCCGCUGAAAUUAUGAUUUGGGUAUUCAUCGUAUCAGUUCAAACCAAAAAUUGAAAGAAGGGAGGAGGGAGGGUUUUGGCGAUGAAAAUAACACCAGAAAAACAAAACCAACAAUAGUUCCUGUGACUGGUGGUAUUUUGUUGUGUCUUUUCACUGGAGUUUUGGAGAGGGAUUGCAUAUGCUAUAUUUUAUUAAUUAAACUCUCCCCAACUAAUAUGUAGUUUUAAUAGUCUGUAGUCCAGUGAUAGUUGAAAUGUUAUUCUUCACAGGAUCGUUCUGAAGUGUUCUUCUGCUCAUUUCCAUACCCAGUGGCUGCUACACAGAUCAUGAUCAUACA